AUGACUUCAAUCGAUUCUCUUGUAAAAGAAUGGCUUCGCUUAGAUAAGAAUCCAACGACACGAUUAGAAAUCGAAAAACUAUAUGCAGAUCAAAAUGUCGAAGAAUUAGAAAAACGACUUCGAAAAAGAAUAUCAUUUGGAACUGCAGGUUUAAGAUCAAGUAUGGAAGCUGGAUUUUCAAGAAUGAAUGAUCUUACAGUAAUCCAGGCUUCUCAGGGACUUUGCAUGUAUCUUCUUGAUGUAAUACCAACAUCAGUAGAUAAAGGAGUUGUUAUUGGACAUGACCAUAGACAUAACUCUGAAAAGUUCGCAAGAUUAACAGCAGCGGCAUUUCUAAAAAAAGGAUUUCGAGUUUAUUUUUAUCGUGGAUUGGUACACACUCCGUUAGUGCCAUUUGGAGUCAAAAAACUUGAAGCAUCAUGUGGCAUCAUGAUAACAGCUUCUCAUAUUUUAAGUUAUUUUAACCCGAAUAUCUACAAUGUUCCCUUUUCAUCUUUCAUUACAAGUUAUUGGGAAAACGCAUGUCAGAUAAUUUCACCACAUGAUAAAGGAAUUUCUCAAUCAAUUUCAGUUAAUCUUGAGCCAUGGACAUGGGAUGCAGAGCUGGUUAAUAAUAGUCCAUUAUGUAUUGAUAAUGUAAAAGAGAUUUCAGACGCUUAUUUUGAAGAAUUAAGAGGAAUAUCUUAUCAUAGUAAAGAUAAUAUAUCGUCUAAAGUUAAAUUUGUUUAUACAGCUAUGCAUGGAGUAGGAACGCCAAUGGCUAAAAAAGCAUUUGAAACAUUUUCAUUAAAUCCUUUUAUUUCAACAAAAGAGCAAGAGGAUCCUGAUCCUGAUUUUUCUACGGUCGCAUUCCCAAAUCCAGAGGAAGGAAAAGGUGCAUUGGCAAUGGCCAUGAAGACAGCAGAUGAAAAUAAUGUCGAGGUUAUCUUUGCCAAUGAUCCCGAUGCAGAUAGAUUUUCUGUAUCCGAAAAGCAAAAGAACGGAGAAUGGAUGUUAUUUUCGGGUAAUCAAAUCGGAGUUAUGUUAGCAUCCGUUGUUCUAGAAAACUUUAAAGCUCAAGGAAAACCAAUCAAUAAACUUGCAAUGUUGGCAAGCACGGUAUCAUCAAAGAUGUUGGAAAAAAUGGCCAAGGAUGAAGGAUUUUAUUUUGAAGAAACGUUAACAGGAUUUAAAUGGUUGGGAAACAAAGCAAUCGAUUUAUCUCAACAAGGAUAUGAAGCUUUAUUUGCAUAUGAGGAAGCUAUCGGAUAUAUGAUUGAUGGAAUUGUAAGGGAUAAGGACGGAAUUAUUGCUUUAGUUACAUUUGCUGAACUUGCUGUACAAUUGAAUAAACGUGGAUUAACGAUUUCAAGAUAUUUAGAAGAAUUGUAUAAAAAAUAUGGGUAUUUUAUUACCGAAACAUCUUAUUUUAUAUGUCAUUCUCCACAAAUUAUUGAUAAAAUUUUUAAUAAACUUCGAUUUGGUGAAAAUCCGGUCAAAUCAUCUAAACCUGAUUAUUUAUAUCCAUAUCAAGUUUCAUAUCCUUCAACAUUAGCAGGACACAAAAUUACAUAUAUUAGAGAUUUAACGAUUGGGUAUGAUACAAGUAAACCUGAUAAUCAGCCUGUUUUACCUACAUCUAAAAGUUCUCAUAUGAUAACUUUUGGUUUGGAGAAUGGUUGUAUCUUAACAUUAAGGACAAGUGGAACUGAACCAAAGAUAAAGUAUUAUCUAGAAUUAUCGGGCAACGAUAAGGAGGAGGCUGAAAACGAGUUACGUAAGAUUUCUCAUGGUGUUUCAGAUGAACUAUUAGAACCUAAGAAAUAUGGAUUAGGUUACAAAGUUGAAUAA